UAUAACAGGGUUCCCACGGUACUUGAAAAACCUUGAAAGUCCUUGAAUUUUGUUGAAAAAAAUCGGGGCCCCGAUAAGUCCUUGAAUUCCGCGAUAAGGUCCUUGAAAAGUUUUUGAUUUUUUAAAAAAUAAUUUAAGGAAAAAAAAUUGUUAGAAUAUCUUUCCUACGAAAAAGCACGAAAAAAAAAACCCCGUUUGUCUGGAUAAGUACUUUUCCAGACAUUCCUCUGGUGCAAGUAGGGGUGCGGGGUCUUUCUUUAGGACUGGUUUCGAUGAGAGAAAAGAAGACCUCUUUCUUCGGUCUAUUGUGUUAGCAGAAAGGAUUGGAAUUCCGAUCACUCCCCCUCCUUUUCCCGUUUUCUUUUCCUAAGAAAACGAGGGAGGAAAGAAGGGGGGGGGUGAUUCAGCAUAGUCCUCCAGAACGUCACGCUGCUGUUCAAGGUCAGCUAAGUGGAAAGAAGUUCGCAUGCGGAAAAGAGCCAUGGCAUUAUCCAUCCCUCUCCUGUGAUUGAUUGGAUAUAAAAAUACCAGUAGUGGGUGAGAUCAUUCAACCGCGUCUAAUAGCCACUUUUACAAAUUUUAAAGAGAUAUAUGGAUCGCAAUUUUAGUAAUAACUAUUAUUUAUUCUAAUUGUGUUUUUCGUUUCAACAUAAAUUUAUUCGAAAUGCCGGGUAAGUGUGUAUUUAAUCCUGGCUGGCUAGAUAAAGAAUGUUAUAAGAUUUGGCUCGCUUCUGUUCCGGAUCAAAAUAGAGCAUACUGCAAAUUAUGCUACAAGGAAUUUGACAUCGGCAGAAUGGGAGAAUCUGCUUUGAAAUCUCAUAUGAAAGGUUUGAAACAUAUGGAAAGGUACAAAAACAAAAUACAGUCUCAUGAGUUGGUUGAUCUUUUAGAAGUACGCAAUAAACCUCUGCCUGCUCAUCACAAGUUGCAAACUAACAGUCAAUCCCUUAUGUCAUCAUUUGUGUCUAAGGAUAGUGUGAUUGACGCUGAAAUAAGAUGGGCGUUGAAAUGUAUGAAAAGCCAUUAUUCGUACAAUUCGUGUGAAGGAAUCAACAAUUGCUUCAUCAAAAUGUUUCCAGACAGUGACAUUGCAAAACAAUUUUCAUGUGGGGCAACAAAAUGUUCCUAUUUGUGCUGUUUUGGCUUGGGACCCUAUUUUAAAAACUGUGUUCUCAAGUGUUUAGAUGAAUGUAACUACUACACUGUCCUUUUUGAUGAAACAUUAAAUAAGAGCACACAAAAAAAGCAAAUGGAUAUACAUGUAAGGUUUUGGGAUGUUUCACUAGCUAAAAUUAAAACUUUGUAUUUAACAUCUGCAUUUAUUGGACAUGCAAAAGCUGAAGCAUUACUAGCAGCCUUCUAUGAUUCUGUUGAUAAGUUGAAGCUGACAAAAAUAUUGCAGCUAUCCAUGGAUGGGCCCAACGUCAACUGGAAAUUUUUUGAUAGUCUUCAAACUGAUCUGAAGCAGCAGUACAAUUAUCAAACAAUUUGCAUUGGUAGCUGUGGGCUACAUAUAUUAAACAAUGCUUUUAAGCAUGGGGAAAAUUCUACUUUCUGGAAUAUUUCCAGCAUCUUGAUAAGUUUGUACUGGCUGUUUAAAGACAGUCCAGCUCGUAGAGAAGAUUUUAUCAACUCUUCCUCGAAUCCAAAAUUUCCAGUCAAAUUUUGCAAUUUUAGAUGGCUGGAAAAUGUUCCUGCUGUUGAAAGAGCCAUUGAAAUUUGGCAAGAUAUUACGUCAUAUGUAGAUAAUGUUGAGAAAGGAAAAUACAAAACAAAUAAGAACAAAUCUUAUUUCAAUGUUCUUGAAUCAACAAAAGAUAAGCUUAUUCUCAUUAAAUUUCAUUCCUUUCUGUCAGUCACCAAAAUUGUUACACCCUUUCUGGAAUUCUAUCAAACUGAUGCUCCUUUAGUACCAUUUUUUGCCGACGAUGUUGUAAAGCUAAUAAAACAUUGUGCUGAACAUUUCCAUGUUCUGAAACCCAAGCACACUGAAAAUAUGUCAUCUGCUUCACAGCUGUGCAAAGUAGAUUUUAAUGACAAAAAUCUACUUAAUACUGUGGAUAAAGUUAGUUUGGGAUUUACUGCCGACAAGUUGCUGAAACAACUGUUGUUAAAAAAGGUCAUUAGUGACAAGGAGGCAUUAAUGCUAAAGCAUAAUUGCCAACAGUUUGUCACAAAUAUGAUUGUUCAUUUGAUGAAGAAGUGCCCAAUCAAUUAUAUUUUAGUAAGAUCUUCCUCCUGUUUCGAUCCGAGGAAAAUGUUUUCCAAGCCAUCUAAUUGUGAAAAAUAUUUGAAAACUUUGAUAAAUUAUUUGGUGGAAAAUAACUUCGUUCUAGACAAAGACUGUGAUGCCAUCAUGUUAGAAUAUAAGAAUUUUUUGAAUAAUGUUGUUAGAAAUCAUCCCUCUUCAUUUCAAAACUAUUCCCCUCAAAAAACUAGGCUGGACACCUUUCUAAAUGAAUUUGUGAGCCAAGAUAUUGAAUCAUAUAAAAAAAUAUGGCAUAUCAUGAAAAUAGUAAUGACACUAUCUCAUGGACAAGCUACAGUUGAACGGGGAUUUUCAGUAAACAAGCAAUUAGAAGUGGAAAAUCUACAAAGUGAGUCUUAUAUUGCUCAGAGACUUAUUGCUGAUGCAAUAAACUCUCAUGAUGAUUUUUUAAGUAUUCCAAUAACAAAUGAAAUGAGGAAAAGUGUGUCAGGCGCAAGACAAAAAUAUAUCUUAGAUUUGGAAAAAAAACAAAAAGAGAAAAUACUUAAGGAAGCAGGAAACAAAAGAAAAAUAAUUUCAGACGAACUUAAUGAUCUUAAGUUUAAAAAAAAGUGUUUAGAGAAGGAUAUUUGUGAAAUGGACAAAUCUUGCGAAGCUUUUGCUGAAGAAGCUGAAAAGAAGGAUGAUUUGUCACUAUUCAAGAGAUCAAAUGCUUUGAGAAAAGCAGUGAAAGAAAAAAAUUCUGAACUGAACGAUAUUCAACAUAAAAUAAAGAUUAAAAUUGAAGAAAUGCAAAAUUGUUCUUAAAUAUUUUAUUUUUAG